CAUUGCACUUCGGAUUUCACUCGGCUUUGUUUCUGAGAUAAUCGCGCUAGAUCAUCGAUAUUCAAGUUCCGGUUGCCUGUGCCAGGACUGCGCUUCGGUAUCGCAAAGGGGUGCCGCCUGUUAAUGUUCGCCAAGCUACGCCGACCGGUUAGCCCUGAAUGUGCCUGCCAUUUAGACCCUUCCAUACAACGCUCUUGCGUUCGGCAUUGGUCAUGGCUGCGCCGUCAGGGCCCCGCGCUCGCGCUACUUGUGCUGAAGUUACAGGCGGCUGAGAUCAUACCCUCAUGACCGGAUCGGGAUAAUGCCCGCGACGGGAGUGUGGUUUUGUUCGCGCGCGUGCGUGUGCGGGCCAUUCCCGCCUCGCCGCCGCUGCCCUCCCUCCCUUCUGCCCUGUAACCUUCCCUAAAAGCUCAGUGGCUUUGGACCCUUUCGCCCUCCGGCCCGACGCCUACGCUGAACUCCUGUCGGCCCGGACUGUCGCCCUUUCUACCCGCAGGUCUUCUACACUCUUCCAAGUCCCCCUCCACGUCAACAUGGCCCUCUCCAUGAUCACCACUCGCCGUACCGCCGCCACGGCCGCCGCCUCCCGCAAGGCCACGCAGGCACCCCGUGCCACCCGCCUGGUCACCCGUGUCGCGCAGCCGCUCAUCCAGCCUGACAGCGGCGCCUCCCCCUCCCUGGACUCCGCCUCGCUGCUGGCGCGUGCCGGCCUGCCUCCCAUUACUACCCCCUAUGAUGACUACACCUUCGCGCCUAUUCGUGAGGCUGAGGUCAACCGCGCCAUGACGCGUCGCUACUUCCGUGACAUGGACGAGUUCGCUGAGAGCGACGUGGUGAUCGUGGGAGCGGGCUCGGCGGGGCUGGCGUGCGCCUACGAGCUGGGCAAGGUGGC